AUGGACCUGCGCAAUGAGCCGCUCUGGCAGUGGCCUUCUAGCUCUGCCUCCGUCUCAGCCUCGGACCCUGACUUUGAUGUAAGGCAGAGUCCGGAAGAUGAUGCUGGACCUGAUGGCUCUUCGCAACCUUCAGGCGAGACUUUCGAAAAGCAUUACCCUCCUCGUACAUGUCGCAUUUGCCUGGAGACCGUCUACCCUACUUUCCCUCCUCCAUCCGAACACCUGCCUGGGUUUCUUCAGUCCAAGCAACGCGUGACAUACCAGUCCUCAGACCCGGAGUCUGGUCGAUUGCUUCGCCCUUGCAAAUGCAAAGGAUCCUCGCGUUAUGUGCAUGAGGGAUGUUUACAACUUUGGCGACACGCGGACCCAGGUUAUGGCAAGAGGAAUUAUUGGCACUGUCCGACUUGUGGUUUCCACUAUCGCUUAGAGCGCCUCCGGUGGGCACACUGGAUCAGUAGCCCAUUGACGCAGCUUGGACUCACCCUAAUAAUUCUAAUGUUGACUGUAUUUUUACUUGGUUUUAUUGCUGACCCGAUCAUUAAUUUAUACGUGGACCCUAUGGACCCCAUUAUCCGCUCGGACUACUGGGAUACGCGUCCUGUGGCGAGUAUCUUACCUGACAACGAAGAGGCUUCCUGGACUGAGCACUUCAUCAAGGGGCUAGCCUCUUUGGGAUUUCUGUCUUUCAUCAAGGCCGUGUUUGCGCUUUCUUCAUGGCACGAAUUGACACUGCGCGGCACAGGGAUGUUUGGUGGCGGAAGGAAUUCUGGCCGCAACCGGGUCGCGUGGCUUGUCAUCGUCAUCGGUGUUGGUAGUUUUCUUUGGGCUGUUUACAAAGGUGUAAGAACAUGGAGCUGCAGGGCUUUAGAAAAAGCCGGAGAGCGAGUCAUGGAUGUUCCGUUGCCUGAUGACGAGGAUGAAGAUGAUAAAGCCUCCGCGGAAAAGUCCGAUGGAAGUAAGAAGGAAGAUUGA